AUGGCGGGCCUGAGAAAACUUUUCAGUAUCGAGAGGACAUUGUUCCAGUCGACAAACCCCGAAUUGACGGAGAGCGAGUCCAACGGUCCAGUAAGCGGCACCUAUUCCCCAUUCCUUGUGUUGCCCCGCGGAUCGCCUGAAGCGAAACUCCCUCGACUCCCACAGAUGCAAAACCAAACUUUCUACGGAAUUGAGAGGGAAUUUGAAGACCUCCAUGAUCAGUUUUGCUGCCACCAAUCAUUGUCCUUGCAAAAUAAACGAUUCAGAAACGCUGAGCCUAAGUCCUCUCCUCACCAGAUCCGUCGCCAUGUCGAUGUCAUAGAAGCCGGCUUCCCGGCUCAACACGCCCGAGUUCCGACUCCAAUAUCUCCUGCGAGUAUGUAUAAUGAGGAAAUUGCGGAUCGCAAUAUCCAUAGCAAACGAUCUAACAAGCGUAGCACAAAGUACGCGAAUGUUAUAUCAGCGGUAUACCAGGAAGACGUGGCGGAUCGUAACAUCUUGCUUGCCGCUGGAAAUACACGCACACUUGAAAUAAGAAGAAGGGGAGGGGUAUCUCAGUGCAAUUUAAGUAAUAGUAGAUCAGCGUCAUCCCUUUCAUACUACCAGGAAAGCCGGCCACGGUUAUGGUCCAGAACACAAGCAUUGGGACACCGAACACCAUCAGGAGAAACCAGAACAGAAUUGAGAGUUAUAUCUUCUGACCAGGACCUCCGAAGCCAUCCUCCAUCACAUCAACCGGAAGAUGCUAGCGCCAGCCCACCGCGCAGGAUAGGUGUCAGGCAGUAUAUCGCUUUGCGACUAAAAAAUUCUUCACCAGCGCUAUCCUCUCAGGGAUCGGAGAAUAUUCCUCCAAGACCAGCACCGCAACCACAGUUAAAAAUUUACAAAGUCGCGCCUGACCGCCAACCAUCUACGAGAGAUGCCGGCGAAUCAUCUAGGUCUAAUCAGGGCUUGGUGAAUCCGCCGGGGCAGCUGGAUGUUAAGCCUCGAAAUCAUGACUCAAAGAAAGCUACUCCCAAAUGUCCGACGGUCGACGACGGAUCCAACCGCUUAUUAUCCCCGGCCUCAGCGAAUCUAUCAAGGAAAAAUGUUCGAGAUCUUUCUAUCAAUACAAAAUUGGCUGCCCCCACCAAAAAUUUUGUGAAAGUGCCUACCCAACCCCCUGUCUUGGCCCCCACUGGAGCCAGGAGAGAGCCGAAUUCGAGUAUUUCGGGGAUUGUAAACAGUCCACUUCCAGUCGCAACUCCCUCUGCGGUAUCUCCAAGAACCUUGAGCUACAACGUCGAGGAAAUUAUGAGUAUGUUCAAACAUGCUUAUAAAUCAUCACAAAAGACCAGUUCCCCUCCCUCCUUCGAAACAUUGCAUGAUGCUAUAGUUCGUGAGAUAAAUUCUCAUGAAGCUUUUCGCCAAGUUGCUUCCGAUAUUGAAACAAUGCCGUUUCCGGAGCCUAGUCCGGUUCCGAUUCCCAUUAAACAGAGUGAAAUUAGUGGCCAUACGAGGAGGAAGUCCUCGUCAAAGAGUUUAUCAGGAAAGGAGAAACAAUCGCUGAGACUUGUUGGUAGAAACUCCUUUGCAAAGGCGCGACGAAACUCAUACACUUCCGGGAAAGAAUUAUCUUUUCCUGCUAUUAAGGGACUAGAAGCAGGAGCCGAACCGGACAGCAGCCACCAGGAACGAAGGAGAAGGCACACUUACUCGCAGCCUUUACCGCCAAGUGUACCCGUUGCCCCUGAAUUCCCAAGGGAGUUACGACAAGAGGCGAGAAAAGUGUCUCUGGGGAGGUCUGGAGAUAGUCCGCAACCUAAAUACACUUACAAGCUAAUACCCGACAUCCGACCAAAGAGUUCACAUAGCGUCCGUUCUAAGGGACCACCUUCCAGACCAAGCAAAUCUGGUUCUUCAAAACAAACCCAAUCAUGUCGACCUGCACUCGUGUCUCAGAACUCCCAGUCGGAAAUGGCACAAAGGACAAGUAGCCGAAAUACUCCCGCAGAGCAGACGAAGCCUGACCUACCCAAAUAUCAAUCCGACAAUCCUAAAAACGGAGAGCGUGAUACCCUACCCGGCUCAACCAAUAGCUCAUGCACUACACCCGAGCCUAAAAUUGUCACCUCCAGUUUCCCCCAGCAAACCACUCAAAAGCCGCCAAUAAAGCGGCUUUUUAGCACUUCACCUCAACAAAUUGGCCGGAAUCGAAUACCUCUACGCCGAAGUAGUAUUCAGAAGGAUUUAUUCGAUUCUGGUCGGUUUAAGCCAUAA